AGCUUCCACAUUCUUCAUUCAUUUUUCACUAUGGGUCUCACACUCACUUUUUUCACCAUGGACCUUCCAAUUUUCCAACUUCUUAGAGAAGAUUUAAAGAUUAAAGAUUAACAAUAAGCAAAAACAUCGAGUAGAGAAUAUCAAACAGAGCACGGAUAAGGCUUAACUCAACAAACCGAACGAACACAUGGAACAACAGGGAAGAUCAAAUAAGGACCGUCGCUUACCUCCGUCGCCGUGGGCGCGUGCGAUUGUCGUCUCAUAAUGCCGCUUGGCCCGUGCCGGUGUCUCGCCCUUGGUGUGUCAAGGGCUUGAGAUUGACUUGCUUGAGCCACAUGAAAAUGAAAUGGGCUUCCCCUAUCCAGUAGCCCAAAAUCAUUAAACGGGCCAUCUGAUGCGAUCUGCCUUCUUUGCUUGCAGUCUCACUCUUACAAACUCCAAUAAUCAACAGUCGUCUUCAUUCUCUUUAAUUUAUGCGUCCAGCGCCUUCUUCCAGCCUCUCUCCAUCUGUGAGCUCGGCCGUUGGCGCAAUAGUUUUGUCGGGUUCCGUAUCUACAAAAUGAAAGAACAUUUCAACAAGCUGUUUAAACUAGCAGCGAGGGCCUUCUACGAUGAUCUGACAAGCAAAGGAGAUAAUCAGCCUAAAACGGGUAGGAGUGAUAACAGAGGCAUUGCUGUAGUGGUGCUCGAUGCACUCACGAGACGACAAUGGGUUAGAGAAGAAGACUUGGCAAAGGACCUUAAAUUGCACACAAAACAACUUCGUCGUACUCUGCGGUUUUUUGAAGAGGAGAAGUUCAUUACUCGGGAUCAUAGAAAAGAGACUGUGAAAGGUGCAAAAAUGUACAGUGCUUCUGUAGCUGCUACAACUGAUGGUUCACUGGCACCAAAAGAGGGAGAAGAAAAGGUCAAGCUGCACACACAUUCUUACUGUUGUCUGGAUUAUGCACAGAUAUAUGAUGUGGUUAGGUACAGAUUGCAUCGCAUGAAGAAGAAAUUGAAAGAUGAAUUGGAGAACAAGAACACAGUUCAAGAAUAUCUAUGUCCCAGCUGUGGAAAAAGAUAUAAUGCCUUGGAUGCUCUACGCUUGAUAUCUUUUGAAGAUGAAGACUUCCAUUGUGAAAGUUGUAAUGGAAAACUUGAGGUAGAAAUUGACAAGUUAGCUGCACAAGAAGGGGGAGAUGCAGAUGACAAUGCAAGACGCCGCCGCCGUGAGAAGUUAAAGGACAUGCUUCAAAAUAUGGAGGUACAGCUCAAGCCUUUGAUGGACCAACUCAUUCGUGUGAAAGACUUGCCUGUUCCAGAAUUUGGCAGUCUUCAAGCAUGGGAGGCUAGAGCUAGAGCUUCUGGGCUUGCAGCCAAUGGAGACAACAGUAUUGGUGAUUCUAACAUUUCUCAUGGUCUGGGAUAUGGUGGGACGCCGAUGCCUUACAGUGGAGAUACUAAGGUUGUAGUUGACUUUAAUGGAGCGGAAGGCAAAGGAGAGGAUAUUAAGUCUGUAGCUGAAAGUACAUCUCUAAAGGUUUUACCACCGUGGAUGAUAAAGCAAGGGAUGAGUCUUACAAGAGAACAGCGUGGACAAGUGAAGCAGGAGACAAAGAUAGAUAGGGCUUCAACUUCCACUACAGCACAGUAUUCAGAUGACAAAAAGUCAUCAGUUGAACAGGAUGAUAAAAAAAGCUUACAGGAUGAAUACAUCAAGGCUUAUUAUGCAGCAUUACUCAGAAAACAACAAGAAUUGGAAGAGGCUGCAAAAGCAAAAGAGCCAUCAUCAAGUACAUAUGCGUUUGAGGAUCCUCUUGGUGGUACUGCACACCGUCAGGUCGGGAUGAAAUCAAAACGUGAGGAAGAUGAUGAUACUGAAUGGGAGGAGGCUCCAAUUUCAGGCAAUGCAAAUGAGAAUUACAGGGUCAAUGACUUGAAUGUGGAAGCCGAGGCGACAGCAGAUGACGAAGAGGACGAUGAUGUAGACUGGGAGGAAGGUUGAUGUAAGUAUCAUGGUUAGCCUGAAAUCACUUGUGGUCCUCCACUCAUUUUGUGAAAUCAGAGCUUAUAUUUAGCUGCUCUUGCGAUGAAAAUCCCAGAGCAAUUGCCUCUCCGCCACCCUCCCCCUCAAUGAAAUGCUGAUGCUUUCUUUUUGUGCGUUGCCUUGAAUUUGGUUUAUCAUUUUUUUUUUAUAAAUAUUUGGUUUAUCAUUUUACCUUUGUGGUGUGUUGUAAAAUAAAAUACGUGUUUGAUUUUCAA